AUCGUGUAAUAGAGAUUUGAUGAUUUAUGUUGAGAUUAUUCAAAAAAUAAAAACGGCUAACUUCGAAUAUGAAAAAAUUGGGUGCUCCGUUCUACAAUUGUGCAAAGCAGCAAAUUCAAACAAUGUGUGCUCCAUACAUUGCAGCAAUGUACAUAAACGCUCUCAAAUCACACAUUAGCUUCUACACUACCUGCUCCUCACUUUCCUUCGCAUUAAAUAACCAAUUUUCGACUCCUCCAUUUUCGACGGUUCAAUGCCGAGCUAUCUUACAGUCACUUACCAACUCCAAAUCCUUGAAACCAGGUGAAUUGCUUCAUGCCCAUAUGCUAACUUCUGGAGUUCUCCAUAAAGACACGAAUUUAAGCACUAAAUUUGCUGCAUUUUAUGCUAAUUGUGGGAAAAUGGAAAAGGCCGAGAUAAUUUUUGAUCAAAUUGAGUUUAAAUCUUCGUUUUUGUGGAAUUACAUGAUCAGGGGUUAUACGGGAUGUGGGUUUUAUUUCAAAUCUUUGUUGUUUUAUCGUGAAAUGAUUAGUUUAGGGAUUCGACCUGAUAAUUUUACAUACCCUUUUGUAAUUAAGGCUUGUGGUGAUUCUUUUCUUAUUGCAUUUGGGAAGAUAAUUCAUGGGGAGGUUGUGAUCAGUGGGUUUGAGUCGGAUGUUUAUGUGGGUAAUUGUUUGUUGGCAAUGUAUUUGAAAUUUGGGGAAAUGGGUAAUGCACGGUUAGUGUUUGAUAGAAUGUCUAAGAGAGAUUUGACCUCUUGGAAUACUAUGAUCACUGGGUAUGCAAAGAGUGGUUACUCUAGAGAGGCGUUAAGUUUUUUUAAUUUGUUUCUGAGAUCUGGACUAGUCCCUGAUUCGACUACUUUGCUGGGCCUCCUUUCAGCUUGUUCUGAUCUGCAAAUGGUUGAUAUGGGAAAGGAAGUACACUGCUAUGUUUUGCGGAAUAGUUUGCUUAGUUCUCAUAGAUUUUUGACCAACUCUCUUGUUGAGUUGUACUGUAAAUGCAAGAUGAUGAUGUAUGCGUGGCGGUUAUUUUCGGUCUCAUUGAAGGAUUCUGUUACUUGGAAUACAAUUAUUUCAGGUUAUGUUCAAAUUGGCAUGGCUUUUGAAGGUUUAAAACUUUUCUGCCAGAUGGUUUCUUAUGGAGAACAGCCAGACUUGGCUACAAUCAUCACUUUGCUCAGGGCUUGUGAACAGGUCACUGCAAUUGAUUUUGGCAUGUCCAUUCACUCGUAUCUUGUUCAGAAAGGGUUUGGUUGCAGCAUUAUGGCUGCAACUUCUCUUAUAGGCAUGUAUGCCCAAAGUGGUAGACUGUCUUGUUCAAAACGUGUUUUUGGUGAAAUAGCAGAGAAGACUUUGAUCUCUUGGACUGCUAUGAUUUCAGCAUAUGGGCAUCAUGGAAAGGGCAGGGAAGCUGUUUCAGUUUUCAACCAAAUGGUGGAAAAUGGCAUUGUUCCUGACGAAGGUGCUUUUACAUGUAUAUUGACUGCCUGUAGCCAUGCAGGACUUGUUAAGGAUGGGAGAAUUUUUUUUCAUCAAAUACAACAGAAGUAUGGCAUGAAGCCUGCACUGGCUCAUUAUGAAUGUUUGGUUGAUCUUCUUAGCAGAGCAGGACACUUAGAGGAGGCGUAUGAAAUUAUCAAAAAUAUGACAGUAGAACCGACAGAUGAUGUAUGGGUUUCCCUACUCUCUGGUUGUAGACUUCAUGGAAAUGUUAGUCUAGCUGAGGUGUCUGCUCAGAAAGUUUCUGAAGAAAACCCACAUAGAGUAAGCAGCUACAUUUCUCUUUCACAUGUAUAUGCAGAUGAGAAAAGGUGGGAUGAUGUAGAGAAGUUGCGAGGUAAAUUACAAAGUAAAGGACUUGCUAUGCCUAAAGGUUGCAGCUUCAUUGAAUAGUAUGACAACAGUAACUUUAUUUAAUUUGGAAUGAUGGGGAAUACUAAUAGCUACUGCUCUCCCUUGCUCACUUUGAACGAGAGACCACUACCAGUGAACUUGAUUGUGAUUGCCUGGCCGUGACACUCAUGUUUUAUUAAGCACGGGAUGAAAUCUUCAUGAAUUUGUACGCGACCAAUUUAAAGACUUGGUUGUAUGCGCAGUAAGUGAGAAUGACUACAUUAUGAUGAUAUAGCAGUGAGAAUACAUGAACACUAUCCGGAAAAAGGAACAUAAACUUCUGUUUAUUGUUUGAUGAAGUGUUACUAUGUGAAUUAUGAAGAGCAAUGUAUACUACCAGCACAAAUAUAGUAAAACAGAAAACUUGUUCAGAGGCAUAUCUUUCUCAGAUAAUAUUGAACUCUCAUAAGCAUCCUUAUGAUGAAGGCUGGAGUUCCCUUUAUUGGAUAAAACAACAGCAAGCAUCAACAACACAACAACAAAUUACAACAAACAACUAGAACACCCAGUGAGGAUCCCCACAGGUAGAUUAUGUGGCUUCCUUAUUAGCCUAUCUGGGGUUUCU